AUGCAGUACCGCGCCAUCACGGGCGCUCUGGUAGCUGCCGCCGUCGCCUCCGGUGCCUUCUACGCUUACAACGGCAAUCAGUCGACAACUACCAGUGCAUCUCCGCUCAGCCAGGCCGCCAGUCUCAGCACGCAGGCCGGUGUCGAGCCGACCAGGAAGGCGCUCGUUGUCGGGCAGGGCGAGCUUUACACGGGCACCAUCACGGGGACGGGCCCCAUAUCGAAAGAGACAGACGAGUACGGGCGACGCGUGGUAGAGAUGCUGGACCCUGAACAGGCCACGGCGAAGCUGCGCAAGAAUGAGGAGUCGUGGCUGGUGGGCCGUGGAGAGGGCGUCGUGCGCUACGACGUCGUUCAGAUUCCCUCGAAUUCCCCAAUUGAGGAUGACCACGCUGAGCAGAUCAUUGAGGUACCCUCCAAUCUGGCCGCGACCGACAACGGUGCUGCUGCGAGCGACUGGAUGUUCUGGGGCGUGUUCGACGGGCAUAGCGGCUGGGUCACAUCGGCGAAACUCCGCCAGACACUCAUCUCCUACGUUGCACGCGAGCUCAACACCACCUACAAGAGCGCACUCGCCGACCCUGCUCAGCGCAUUCCAACCCCUGAGUCGAUCGACAAGGCUAUCAAGAGCGGCUUUGUGCUUCUCGACAACGAAAUUGUGCACGAGUCCGUGAAGAAGGUCAAGCAGGCCAAGUCAAAGAUCGCUGCCGCCGAAUUGCUCGCCCCUGCUCUCUCUGGUUCCUGCGCUCUACUCUCUUUCUACGACAGCCGGUCCAAGCUUCUCCGUGUGGCGUGCACGGGCGACUCUCGCGCUGUGCUUGGGCGCAGGGGUGCCAAUGGCAAAUGGACCGCGACUCCCCUGUCCGAAGACCAGACUGGCGGCACCACCAGUGAGAUGGAGCGCCUACGCAAGGAGCACCCCGGCGAGCCCAACGUCGUCAGGAACGGUCGCAUUCUUGGUGGUCUGGAGCCCUCCCGUGCCUUUGGUGAUGCGUCGUACAAAUGGUCUCUCGAGACUAACGCUGAGCUGAAGAAGUCCUACUUUGCACGUUCACCAUCGUCUCUCUUAAAGACUCCUCCUUACGUCACUGCUGAGCCCAUCAUUACCACCACCAAGGUUGAGCCUGAGAAAGGCGACUUUGUUGUCAUGGCCACUGAUGGAUUGUGGGAAAUGCUCACCAAUGAGGAGGUCGUAGGUCUCGUCGGCCAGUGGCUCGAUACCCAAGGCAGCAUUAACGGCGGAAAUGCGCAGACACAAUCAUGGUUAAAGAGUUGGUGGUCUUCUGAGAAGCUAUUGCCCAUCGACCAGAAAGACAACGGUGCCGGUGCGGGACAACGUGCGCCUAUUCGCCAGCAACAAUGGGGCACCAAGACCAACUUGAACGAGCGCUUUGUCGUCGAAGACAAGAACGCUGCAACCCAUCUUGUGCGCAACGCCCUUGGUGGUAAGGACCAGGACCAGUUGAGUGCUCUGCUCACCUUACCCAGUCCUUUCUCGCGACGCUACAGGGACGAUCUGACGGUCGAGGUCAUAUUCUUCGGGGAAAGUGCAGCUAAUGGCACUGUCACGUUGAACAAGGAAGCUAGCGCUUCAGCUUCUGAACCAAAAGCAAAGCUAUGA